UUGAAAAGGCCGUAGUUACAACCGAGGAGCCAGGUUGUAAACUGGCAGAGGUCGAUCUUGUAAUAAAUAUUGAUGCAUCAUCAAGUAUGACGGAGUCUAAUUUCCUGGAGAUGCUUGAUUUCUGCAAAGAUAUUGUGGACUACACUGAUGUAGACAGUGGUAGUGCUCGAAUUGGUAUUCUCGUAUUCAGUACAGACGCAGAGAUUCAAUUCCAUUUGAAUAAAUACAAUACCACUGCAGCAGUGAAAGCCGCUAUUGAUAAAAUAGAAUUUAUUUACGGAAGAACAAACACUGCAGCUGCUUUAAGGACUAUGCACUCAAGAAUGUUCACAAGAUCUAAUGGAGAUCGUCCGGAAGUUCCAAAUGUCGGUAUUCUGUUAACAGAUGGUGUUUCAAAUUUAGACAUUAGAAGAACUAUCCCAGAGGCAAACAAUGCUAGGACGAAAGAUAUCGAAUUAUAUGCCAUUGGUAUCAAAGUAUCAGACACACAAGAACUUGACAGUAUAGCUAACACCCCAACGGAUCAGUUUAGAUUCCUUGUAAAGACUUUUGAAGAGCUCGCUGGAUUGACCGAGAAAAUCAUUUGUGGUGAAAGAUUCGGUGCUGGAUGCGGUAAUAUUUUUAUUCUCCCCGAAAGGUGUUUAUAAAGUCGCCGGUUUGUCAGUCCAUCUGUACGGGCUAACAUCUAAUAGUCUACAAGUACAAAUGUUGCUGCAAUGCAGCAAUUGAGAAGCUCCGCGCAAAAAAAUGUGCUCAUUACAGAUACAUUACCAAAUUAUUCCUAAGCACAGGUCAUGUUAUAUUCAGAUUAGGUACUAUUGUAGAUUUUUCCGAAUGUUUUGUAAAGCAUUUUUUGCAUAAUUAUGCUUUUCUUAUGCACUGUCCAUAAUUAAAAAGAGGGGAACAAUUUUUUAAUAUAAAAAUGCUUUCACU